AUGGAUCUCGACCGCAGCGAUGUCGUGGGUGAGAAAUUGAACGAUUCAAAUUAUUCUCUCUGGGCACUUCAGUUUAGCACCUACGCUGAGGGCAAGAGUUUGCUCGAUAUUCUCUUGGGCGAAACUGCGUGCCCUACUCAGCCUACUGCUACUUCGGAAAGUAUUGCUACUUGGCGUAGCAACAAUGCUAGGCUCAAAGGUUGGAUUCUUCGAUCAGUAGACCCUGUUGUUGCUCUUACUCUUCGAUCGUUUGCUACUGCGGCUGAGAUGUGGGCUCACCUGCGUGAUUCCUAUGCCCAGGUUCAUCCUUCUCGACAAUUUGAAGUGGAAUUUCAGCUCUCCUUACUUGCUCAAGGAGACAAAUCUAUUGCGGCCUACUAUCGUGCGGCAACAAAUUUGUGGAUCGAGGCUGACUUGAUGACUGCCUCUUCUCUUACUCAGCCGCUGUCCGCCGAGGUCAAAGCUGUACAAAAACGGCAGCGUAUGAUGCAAUUCCUGUCUAAGCUACGUCCCGAAUUCGAGCCAAUUCGUGCUACUCUACUCUCUCGGAACAUUGCUACUCUUGAAGCUACUCUUCCAGAGUUACAACGGGAAGAACGUCGUCUCACUACUCAAGCUCAGGUGGACAGUCACCUUCAUGAUGCUAACGCAGCCUUUGCUGCUUCGCCUGCCCGCCGCGGGUCUUCUCAUCCACCUCCUGGCGUUGGUACGCGACCUAGCUCAGGGUCCUCUACUCCUGCAUCUCGUCCUCAGUUUGUCUCUCCUACAGGUGAUGUUCGUUGCCACUACUGUCAAGAACCCGGCCAUAUUCAACCUCAUUGCCGUGUUCGUAACCUGUGCACCUACUGUAAGCGCACGGGUCAUAUUAUCCUCGACUGCCCUCGCUUGAAAAAUCGUCCUCCUCGCCCAUCUGGUUCUACGGGUCAUGCUUAUGUUGCUGCUCCUGGUGGUCCCGUUACUCGCCCUCCCCCUCAGGCCACUCCUGCUCCUCCUGCCGUCAUUCCCGGGGUCUCUUCUGAGACGUUGGAUGCUGCGCUUGCUCAAGCUCUCCAGCGUAUCCUUCCCACCGCAUUGAAUGUGGCCUUCCCUACUGCUCCGAACCAAGGUAACAAUAAAUGGCUUUUGGAUUCUGCCGCAUUCAAUCAUAUGACCUACCUUCGGCAAUUGUUCUCUCAUAUACGCCCAGUUGACAAGCUGUCUCUCCAAGUGGCCAAUGGCCAUCAUCUUCCGGUAUCUGGUGUUGGGACUUUUCAGGGGUCUCAGCUUACUUUGGAUAAUACUCUUUACGUUCCUAAGUUGGUGCCCAACUUGGUUAGUGUUGGUCAGUUGGCAGAACGUGGCUAUCGUAUCACAUUUGAUGGGCGUGGUUGUCUUGUGCAGGACCCGAUCACGGGGAUGACCUUGGGCCGCGGGAGUAACCAUGGUCGCCUGUACCAGCUUGAUCAGUUCACACCCACUGUUGCUUCCCCACCGCUGGCUGCUGCUACUACCGAGUCUAGGGAACAAGCAGGCCUCUUGAGUCCUUUGUCGAACUCUGUUUUUUCUGUUCAUGGUUCUGCUAAUAAUGUUUGGGAUUUAUGGCACUCUCGGUUGGGCCAUCUUCAUACUUUGAGAUUACGUGAGAUGUUUAAGAAUAAUUUACUUCCGGAUCAUUUGGAUGUGUCUUCUAUUCCUUCAUCUCGUUGUUUCAGUUGUGCGGCCGCCAAGAUGGUACAUCUUCCUUUUUCUUCGAGUACUACUUCCAUAACUGAUGCUUUUCACCUCGUUCAUAGUGACUUAUAG